GCCAGGACCCGUCCGCGGAGGGCGAGGACGACCCCGUCGCAGAGGUGAAGCUGCAGCUGUGGAGCCUUCUGUUUGCGAUGCUCUAUGGCAAGCUCCGCAGCGGCGCCGCCCCGCACGAGGCCCCGCACGAGGCUCCGCCGCUGCCAGACCAGCCGAGGGUGACGACGGACUGCCGGGACUUCCUGAGCCGGUUGCACAACAGGGACCCGAGGGAGAGGAGCUGCAGGACCUGUACAACGACCCUUUCAUCACUGGGGGCAAGAGGCCACGGACGGCCUAGGCUACUUUUUAAGGCAAGCUUUUUCGGGUUCUGCCUCGCCGUUCCGCCGGUGUGUACGUCCUUCAAUUGAUCCGGGGCGCCGCUGUUCCUGUCCAGUGCCUGACGGGCCUCGGGCAAGGCUUGGGGCGAGCCUAUUCCUGCCACGAAGUCAGGCUAGCUGGCCACAGAUAUGCGACCUGCUCGCCCCGAGUGGUGUGAUCGCUGUCCCGCGUGCGCUGAAGAGCCCGCUGGGGUUGGGCUUGGGCACCCUGUGGGUAUCACCAGCGCGACGCUUCGGAAAAAUCUGCCGCCCCUCUCCGCAGCGCCAGUCUGGGAGCAGCGCCUCCCC